CUGAAGGACACGAGCUGUAGUCCCGCUGCCCGCCUCCGGAGGCGCUGUCUGACCCCAGAGCUCUGUGAUUACAUGACAGUAGAGUGAGCUGAGCUUACUGUCGUUAUAUCUUUUACUGUCUAUGGUUAUAUCACCUGAGUCGAGUCUCGGAGAUAUAAAACCGUCUUCACAGCGUUAGUCAUAUUUAAAUUUGAUUGGUUUAACAGCAGCAGUGCGUGUCUUAUCGACUCCUCUUGUUAGAACACAAUAAAACCAUUGUUUUCAUCUGUAAAUCAUUAUACAUUUAGUAUAAAUAUCACAGUAAACAUUUAUUUGUUUUUGUGACUGUUCAUCUUACUUUACAUUUAGCCAUUUAGAAGAGGCUUUUAUCAGAAGAGACUUAGAGAUGAGGACAGUGGAAGCGAUCGAAAACAACAAAAAGAGCAAUGAUAUAAGUGCUAUAAUAAGUCUCAGUUAGCUUAACACAGCACAGGUUACACGUUUUUAUUUUGAGGUUAUAUAAUAAAAAAUAUAACGGAAUAGAAAAAGAAUUGAGCAAGCUAGUGUUUGAGGCCUUUUUGUUUGUUUAGUCUUUUUUUUUUUUUUUUUGCUUUAACAUUUGCUUUAACAUACAUUUGCUUUAACAUACAUAGUUGGGCAGGUCGUUUUGGAAACAGUUAAUUUAAAAGUCUGUAAAAGUAACUUUGUGCUUCUUUGGGAUGAACAAUCAAGCGACGUUCACUUGCAGAACACAAGCUUCUAGAGGGCACAUACGUCUGAAGAAAUGAAUUCAGGUAAAUGGGUGCAGAGCCAGUGGUGUUUUGUAGGCAAUGCCUUGAAUUUAAUGCUUGCUGUUCUGGUGUAAUAGUACAUUAUUUUUGAACCAGCAGACACUUGAUAUUGUAUAUUAACCAUCUUGUUGAGCCUGUCAUGUGUUGUAUUUGUUCUUGUAACGUUGAUGUUUCUUUCCCGACGGCUCUGCUCUCCCGUGGAUCUUCUCCUCAGCACACACUUCUGGGGUCCGGUGGCUAACUGGGGUCUGCCCAUCGCUGCCAUCAGUGACAUGAAGAAGAGUCCAGAGAUCAUCAGCGGCAGAAUGACCUUCGCUCUGACCUGCUACUCGCUGCUGUUCAUGCGCUUCGCCUACAAGGUCCAGCCCAGAAACUGGCUCCUGUUCGCCUGUCACUUCACCAAUGAAGCAGCGCAGCUCACUCAGGGCAGCAGACUCAUCAAAUACAACAUGGAGAAGAAGAUGGCCAAAUGAUGAAGUGUGAGGAGAUCACAACGGCUGAUCCGUUUUAACACAAUAAUAAUCAUUCAUAUACACUGAUACAUUUCCUCGGUUACACAUUUAACAUUUUAAGCCUUACAACACAGCCUUGGUUAGAGUUUGUAUGUAAUGUAAAAAUAGUUGAAUAAUUUAUUUCCAUACAUAGUGCGAUCAGUGUAUGUUACAAAUAAAUAUGGAGAAAAAUACAAA